CUUGACCACCUUUCAACUUUCUCUUUCCUCUUCAUUCACCUCUCUCAACAAAAGGAAGAAGGAAGAAAGAACCAAAGAAAAGAAGACUCGGAUCUUCAACAUAAAUGACCGGUGUUUUCUCCACUGGUUCCUCCAUGACGCUUCGCAUGUGCGCCUUCGCCCUCUCCAACCUUCCUCUGCAGCGCUCCUAGUUUGCCCUGCUUCUUCACCACCUGUCUUUUUCUUCAAACCUUCUCUCCUGAUCUCUUCAUUCUCCUUCCUCUUAAUUCUUCCCCCCUCCUCCUUUAUUUCCCUCUCCUUCAUCUUCUUAUUCUCUGGUCGGUCCUUUCCGUCGAUCUUCUCUCCGGUCCCGCCAUCCCAUAAAUUUUCUCCGUCGCGUUCCCUGCAUCCCUCCUCUCUCCCCCCCCUACUUGCGCCCACCCUGAAAUGGUUCACUCAACGGGGGAAGAACGCGCCGUACACUUGACUCGGGAGGCUAUUGAGCUAGUACAUGCUGGUCAUCGUGAGGCGGCUUCCAGGAAUCUUCGAGAAGCUCUCUCUAUCGCGCCCGAAAACCCAACCGUCCGAGAGGCCCUUCUCAGCAUCCAACAGGAGGAGGACAAUGGCCACCACUUGCUAGACCUCUGUCGGCGGUACACCUCCGGCACGGAUGAGAAUGCCGGCAGGGACGCCGCUCUCUACCUCCGCUCCGAUGGUCUCAAACCCCCAGAGGGCGUCGCCUUGGACUGCGCCAAAUUACUCCUAGCCCAGAAACCCCCCGCGUUGUCGCCCCUGCAGGAUGACAUUGUCUCCGGCCUCGUUCGCCAGAACGCCAGUGUACGGCAGUAUUUCGCAGACCAGCUGCAGGUCUCCGUCACCACCUUCUUCGACGAGAUCUACGACAGAGGCGACGGUGCCGCCGUGUGCCUGGACACGGUUGUGUUGGACCCCGCGGUGUGGCCCUCGGAGGAGACCCGCCUGCACUGCGAGCGCGAGCUGUUCCAGCUGUUCAUCGCGAAGCUCAUGGAGUCCGGGCACGACCUCGAUGGCCGCUCGCUCAAGGGAAUCACGCGACUGCUGGCGGUGGACGCGACCAAACUGCAGGAUCUGGUGGAUGACGAGGGGUUGGACGUCGUGCUGUCGUCCUUGGACCACAGACUCCCUCUAGACCUAAGAAGCCAAGCGACGCUGGCCACCGUCAAGUACCUGGAAGCUGCGGGAAGUGUCGGCGAACAGCGAUUCGCUCAGCUCAUCUCCGCCAAGCUUUCCAAGAACCGGAUCGACGAUCUGAUCGUGGCGUUUUCGGCCAUCGCGGCCGUGUUUCCGGUCGUACCCGACGUUGCGGCCACGCACUUCUUAUCCGAGAGCUUCCUCGCGUGUCUGACGCCGCUGGCCGGACGUACCGCCAAGGCUCGCCGGGUCGAGGUCUCGGUCCUGGAAUUGCUGAAUGCCGCCUGUUUCAACAAGGCGUGUCGCGAGGCCAUCUCCAAGAACUUUGCCGACUGGCUGUCCCACACCUUGACGAAUGGCAACGAUCAGACAUCGGAGCUGGCGGCCGUGGUUUUGGCCAAGAUUCGGACCUCCGAGAAGAACGAUCCGUCGGGGGCAAAUGGCAGAGCGUCGGGUGCUGAUAACAAGGUCCCGGAGCUGGUGGACCGGUUCAAAGGCCUCAUGUCGAAGCGCAAGGGGGACAACGUUCAGAACGUCAUCGAAGGGCUCGCCUUUUCCUCGGUCAAGCCCUCCGUCAAGGAGCAGCUGGCCAAAGACUCGGGCUUUUUGCGGGAUCUAAUCAAGGUUCUGCACGACAACGUCACGGAUUCGUCCGUGCUCUAUGGAGGGCUGAUGAUCCUCUUGAACCUCACGCAGUUCCUCCCCACCCUAUCCGAAGAACAGCAGAAGAUGUCGCAGCUGAAGUCAUACGCCGAGGCCUCCCCCGACGCCGGCGGCCCGGAUCCCUUGGAAAAGGACGAGGCGGUCAUGGCGCGCUGCGGCGCAAUCAUCAACAGCGGGGUUAUGCCUUUGUUUGUGGAUUGCUGCAGGACCAGUCUGCCCUCCAUCCAGGGUCUGAUCAGCAAAAUCAUGCUUGCUCUGUCCCGAGACCGAAAGACCCGGGGCACCUUGGCCCAGCAGGGAGCCGUCAAACUCCUGCUUAAUAUGGGCACGCCCCGGCAGGGAAGCACGGGAUCCAUCUCGAACGAGGCUGUGCAGAACGCAUCACACGCGCUGGCGCGGAUUCUCAUCUCCGUGAACCCGUCGCACGUUUUCCCGGCCUCGGGAUUUCCCCAGGUCACGUCGGCGGUGCGACCCCUGGCAGCUAUGCUGGCAUCCCCAGAGACGACCAGUUUCACAGCCGAUCAACCCCGCGAUCUCCUACCGGUCUUUGAGAGCCUUCUAGCCCUAACGAACCUUGCGUCCUACCCCGACGAGGCGGCGCCUGACGCCAUUGUCCGUCAAGCCUGGCCCAUGGUGGAGGAUCUCCUACUCUCCAGCAGUCCUAUGCUUCAGCGGGCCGCAUGCGAGCUGAUCUGCAACCUGAUGACCUGCGACGCGGGUAUCGUGAAGUACGCCGACGGGACGAAGCGAUCGGCCCAGCGCCUGCAUAUCCUGCUGGCUCUGGCCGACUCGGACGACGUUGCCACCCGGCGGGCCGCAGGCGGUGCUCUCGCCAUGCUGACCGACUUUGACGCCGCCGUGGCAGCGGUGGUGGACCGACCUCGGGGGGUUCAACUGUUACUGGGCCUCUGUCAGGAAGAAGACGAGGGGCUGGUCCAUCGGGGUGUCGCGUGCAUACGCAAUUUGACCUGCGUCGCAUCGGGCGACAUUGGCCAACGGGCGAGGGAAGCCGUGAAGAGCAGUGGGGGUGUUGACAUCCUCACGGCGGUUCUCAAGAAGACCUCGAAUCCCGCCGUACUGCAAAUUGGGGUCGAAGCUCUGAAACCAUUGGUCGAAUAGCUUUUCUCAUGAUACCUCCUUACCCUACCUCUACGGCUGUUUCCUCCUCUUUCCCUACCUAUGCAUCGUUCUUUACUUGGUUCUUUCGCAAUGACCCCUGAUUGAUAUAGCGAUGGUUGUGUUUGUGUUUUACCGGCGUGGGCUAUGGUUAAGCUGAUACGAUACUCCUCCAUCUUCUUUCUUUCUUUCCUCUCUUUCUAUCUUCAUUUUUUAUCUUCUUGUUCAAUCCGUGUUACAGGCGUUAAAUUGUCCUUCGAGAGGCCCGCUUUGUCUUUCUCGUUAUUAUUAGUAUUCAUGCGCUUCGGGAAUGAGCGUUGGGGCGCUUUGAUUUUAAUCUUUGUUAUCGGGACUGCGUGCGCUUUUGCAGGGUUAGCUAGCUAGAUAGAUUUAACGAGGUG